AUGUUAUACUUUCGCUUCAUACACAACCAAGGAGCAAAUAGAAAUGACCCACUAAGAGAUUCUUCUGGGAUUCUCACAAUAUCAGAGAAUGGUGAUCUUCUUAUUUUGAAUGGGGAAAAGCAGGUUGUUUGGUCAACACAUGUCUCACAUAUUGCAUCAAAUUCCAGUGCUCAAUUCUUGGAUUCUGGCAACCUUGUACCCGUUGAUGGCAUUACUGGAGCAAUGAUGGGGCAGAGUUUCCAACAUCCUUGUGAGACAUUAUUACAGGACAUGAAACUCAUCUUGAACCCCACAAUGUUACAGAAGUAUUCGUGUGGAAGCAAAAUCAUCCUUAUUGGCGUAGUGGUCGAUGGAAUGGUUCAGACUUUCUUGGAAUACCUGGGAGAUCAUGUAUGGUUGGAAAUGGAUUCUCAAGGUAGAUUAGAAGAACGACGUUGGAAUUUCCAAAAAAGUAUAUGGGAAGUUGGGAAGACAACUGGGGAUUCUGAGUGUGAUGUUUAUGGGAAAUGUGGCCCAUCCGGGAUAUGCAAUAAGCAAAGCUCACCAAUCUGCAGCUGCUUGAGAGGGUUUGAACCAAAGAACAAAGAAGAAUGGGAGAGGCAGAAUUGGCCCAGCUGUGGGUAUGUGAGAAUAAAAGCACUUCAAUGUGAGAUAAGCAAUAAUGGUUCUCAAGGUGGCCAGAUAGAUGGGUUUUUGAAGUUGGAAAGCGUAAACUUACCAGAUCAUGCAGAAACGUUACCUGAUAAUUUUAUAGAUACAAUAGAUUGUCAAGCUCCAUGCCUGAAGAAUUGCUCUUGCAAAGCUUAUGCAUAUGAACCAGGCCUUGGCUGUAUGGUUUGGAAUGUAGACUUAGUUGACUUAAUGAGCAACUCACCUGGAGGGGUGGAUCUUUACUUACUUCUUGCCUCCUCUGAACAAGGUCCAGGCAAGAGGAAUAUGAAAACACCAACUGUGAUAUCGGUUUUAACAGGAACUAUUCUGAUUAUAGCCUCUGGAUUUUUCUUAUGGAAAAAAUGGCCAAAGCAAAAAGGUGAUGUUUUGUCAGUGAUUUGA